UUUUUGUGAGCGUGUUCGGCUGCAAGUUCCCGGUUUAUAUAUUUAGUUCUGGGAGCGGUUCCCGGUUCCGCCGCCAUGUCCCAGGCUCGGGUCACCGAGUUCUUCUGCCAAAGGAAGAGCGUCGCCGCGCGGCGUGCCGCGGCCAAACCGCGCGUCCUGAAAGCGGCAGACGCAGUCCACCAAGAGUUCGUCAAAGUGAUCGACGAGGCGGCCGGACUGACCGAGACCGAGUCCGCCGUCAGCAACCCGCGGACACCGAAGCGGACUUCGGGCGACUGCGACCCCGGAGCGGCCGCGCUUCCUGCCGCCGCUCACCACAGCACCGCCAAGAGGAGGCGGCGAGUGCCGGCGGAUAAAAGAAACGUCCGGCAGAACGCCGCCAAGAAGCUGGUUUUCCUGAGUCCGGAACCGGAACAGCAGCAGUCUGCAGUCCAGGUCUGCGAUGGGAGGCAGCAGUCUGCACCAGCACCCCCAGUGGAGGCUGAUUGCCAUGGCAACGUUCAGACCAGUAGCGCUCCGCGCCAGACUGGAGUCGCCAACAAGGUGCUUUGCAAAGAGGACAUAGAAGCUCUCAAGUCCUGCCUCCAAAGGAUCAAGAAACAUAGCAAGGAGAUCACUGCCGCUGCUUCCAGUGCUUCAGGUUCUUCUGAUCCCUCGUCUUCAAAUGACACGGCAUCAAAGAAUGUCCCUGCGCCGCCCACCUCUGAUGCCAGAGUCUUGACAUCCACGCUGGUACGAGCUAAAGCGCUUGCGGCGAGUGUUCAGAGGCGGAAAGCUGAUGAGCCCAAGCAGAGUGAGAGCCAGGACCAGGACAGUGUUGACCUGCCAGCCUACCAGCGCUACCACACCCUUGCCCAGGCGGCCCCCCCGGGACUGUCCCUGCCCUAUCAGUACAGGGUGCUGGCUGAGAUGUUCCGCAGCAUGGACACUGUUGUCAGCAUGUUGUACAACCGCAGUGAGACAGCAACCUUCAUCAAGAUCAAACAGGCCGUUCAGGACAUGAUGCACAAGAGGUUUGAGGAGAGUCACCUGGGUCAGAUAAAGACAGUGUUUCCUGAGGCCUACACCUUCAGACAGGAGAACAACAUCCCAGUCUUCAGCUCCACCAUCAAGAAGGGCGACUACCAUCUGACUGUGGAGCCCAACCUUCACUCUGAUCAGAAUGAAGCUCGUCCUCUGCUGCUGGCCUCCCAGCUUCUGGAGAGAAGACAGAUCUUCCACUGCAACCUGGUCUCCAUGGUCAAAGAUCAUCACAAGGUCUUUCUGUCGUCCUUGGUUCCUCCGGUGUCUGUCCCCGAGGACAAGCUGACCCGGUGGCACCCUCGCUUUAAUGUGGACACGGUGCCGAGUGUCCCAGCGAGUCUUCUCCCUCAGCCGCCUCAUAGCAACAAACUGGCCACCGCCCAGGAGGUGCUGGACAGAGCUCGAGCGCUCAUCACUCCGAAGAUGGAGACGGCUCUGAAGUCUGUUGCUCUGAAGACAGAAGACGAUGCCUCAGACAGUCGAAGACUGGGACCUGCACCAAAUGGCCUGGUUCCCUCUCCUGACCCUGCAACAGAGGUCCCACCGGCCCUGAAAGGCGUGUCCCAGUCCUUGUUGGAUCGGAUUCGAGCAAAGGAGGCCCAGAAGAUGCAGGCGGCCAUGACCCGGAACCCGGCCCAGGAGGAGCGCCUGCUGAUGAUGUCACGGCUCUGCGAGCUGGCCAGGAUUCUGCGGAAUGUUUUUGUUGCUGAGAAGAAAAUGUCUCUGAUCAUGGAGGUGGCCUGUAACAGGAUGGUGACGAGCUACAGGUCGGCUCUCAGCGUAGGUGAAAUGGAGAAGCACGUCCGUCUGCUGGCAGAGGUGACGCCUGAUUGGUUGACUGUGCAUCCUGUAAGGAAGGACUUCUACCUGAAGCUCAACAAGACUCUGGAUCUUACCAUUGUUCUGGACAAACUGAGUGCCAGACUCAAAGAGGAGGAGCAACUUUGAGUGGUGGCAUCAGGAAGCACUGAACAAGUUGAAGGCACCGCCUCCAAAGUAUCAAACUUUGUUCUUGUGUUUUUGUUGUCGGCUGUGUGAUUUGGGAUCAGGUCUGUGGUCGUGUCCCGGGCCAGACCUGGAUCUCUGGUAGCUGUCUGAGUAAUCUGGUUACUUUUCUUUAGUGAAGGUGUUUUCAGAGUGAAUCCUGUUGCACAGGACGUUGGCUUUUUUUUUUUUUUCCCUCAGUCAUUGUUUGGAUAUGAAGAACUACAGACUCAUCAAAACCGCACUGUCCUCAGCUGUUCGUUUACCUCCAAACCUGAUUAAAGUCUCCAGCAAUGGCAUUA